AUGGUGGUGGUUAAGGUGCAAGGAGCGGCGAGGGGAUUUGUGCCUCCAAAAGGUGCUACGAAGCGAAAAGCCAUCGUCGUCACUAGCGAUGAUUCGCCCACUCCUCCAGUCGUUUUUUCAUAUAGGCAUCUUCUUCGUCCUUUCAAGAAUCCAAACUUGAUGAAGAACGCCAACCGCCGGACAAAGAACCUGAAGGUGGUCCUUGUCCAGGAGCGUGAGCGUGAACGAGUGGAAAGGGAACGAAGAUUGGAGAAAGAGGACAAUAUGGAUGUCGAUGGAGAGCCAGGCGAGAGCACGCCCGACGAAGAAACAUCAGCAAAAAUCGAGCCCUCAGAUACUGUUUGGCAAUGCAGCGCUCGACUGUUGCCGAUGAAGUGGAAUAUACAGUACGAGACGCUAUCCCUGGAACUGCAUUACACGCAUUGA